AUGGCGUUUGAGCAAGAAGAUUACUUUUCCAGAGAAUGGAAUUCCAUUGGAAGUUCUAUGACUGAGACAGAGAAGAAGAACUGUGACAGUUGUUUUGAUUGCAACAUAUGUUUAGAUUUUGCACAUGAACCAGUAGUCACACUCUGUGGUCACCUAUUCUGUUGGUCCUGCAUCUACAAAUGGCUCUAUGUGCAAAGUGCUUCUCUUGCACCUGAUGAGCCACCACAGUGUCCAGUUUGCAAACAUGAAAUAUCUCACACCAAAAUGGUCCCUCUCUACGGCAGAGGCCAGACCGCAAUUCAUCGCGACGACGGAAUAAAAACUACGGUUCAAGAUGUUUCUAUACCACCAAGACCACCUGCUUCAGGAAUUCAAUCUCUGUUUGCAAUGGCAACAUUGCCUCAAAGGGGUCAGCAGGAGCUUGCAUAUCGUAAUCCGUAUCAGACUCAAAAUAUUAACCAAGAGAAUGAUGCAACUCAGAUGCUGAAUCUUAUGACACCAGUUUUUCCCCACUUUAUCUUUGGUGACUCGCCAAGUUCUGAUCAUGUCAAUGGAAGUGGUAGCUCUAGGUGGAGAAGGCAAGAGAUGCUAGCAAACAAAUCAUUGAAUAGAAUAUCAUUUUUUCUCUUUUUAUGCUUUGUCCUGUGUUUGAUCUUCUUCUGA